GAGUGGGCCGCAGUGCGCGCUGGGGCCUGUAGUGCUGUGGCGCCGGGCUCGGUUGCCGGGAGGCGGUGUCGCUCCGGGCGGCCGGGCAGGGCUGGGCCUCCGGGCCCCGAGCAGCUUAGUUAAAAUGAAGAUGGAGGAUUAUGAAAUAUUCUGUAAGAAGCAUCUUGCCAGAAUCCAAGAAGAGGCACUAAAAAGAGAAACCUCUUUCGCUAUUCAGCAGAAAAAUAUCUCCCUCAUUCAAUUCCAUGGAGUUCCUGUGCUUUCUCCUCUCCUUAGCCUUGAAAAGAAAAAGGAAAUACAGCAAUAUAAACAGAAAGCACUGGACCUAGAGACCUGGAGACAGAACUCCCGGAAAAGAGCUUUACUGAAUCGUGUUCAGGAGAUUCUAGAUAAUGUUCAGAUCAGGAGACGACCUAGUGUGAGUGAUGUGAACACACAGGAGGCUGAGAAUACUUGUCCUGAUUCAGAUGCAAAAGCUUCAGCUGACUUCACAGCUCUAUCAGAUGGCACUUCGGCAUGUUCUUCUGAAAGGCAUAGUUCUACAGUGCUUGAAAAGACACCAGAUCUUAAGGCAUCAGAUGCUGUCGGGGAGGUGACACCAAAUGUGACAGAAGUAGUUAAAGCAGCAGAAGAAAAUGUUAUUUCAAAGCAAAGUGAGAGUCACAUCUCAAAAGGUGUGCCUUGUCCAAGGGCUGCGUCUCCUGACAAUGUGCAUAAUAAGCCUGCUUCAUUUGCUUUGCAAAAGCAGGAGGCACUAGGAGCGUCGCCGUCAGAUGAGGAAGUCCAAGAUCCAUAUGUAAUGAGUCUUCAGAACCUGAUGAAGAAAUCUAGGGAGUCCAUAGAGAAAGAGCAAACUAAGCGUAGCUCAAAAACUAAUUCAAAGAGGAGUAUGAAUGAAAGUCAUUCAGAUAAAGAAAAUGAUGGUGUUAAAACAGCUGAUUCUGUGAAAGAAAGAGCAAAGCUUGCAGGCAGAAGUUGCACUGCUCUGACACUUGAUAAGCCUAGUCUUAAUAAAUCAAAUACUCUUCUCCAGGGUGCCUCUACUCAUGCAAAUAACACAAGUAUGUCCACUUUAUCCAGUUUUUCUAAAGUGGACAUACCGAUGAGAGUUGGAACACCCCCACUGGUGGAUUCAGAUUCAGAUGAAGAAUUUAAAAAGACUUCUAUGUUUGAUCGUGACAGUAGCAUUGUCAGGAGCCUCACAGGCUCUUACGCCAGAUUGCCAAGCCCAGAGCCAAGCAUGAGCCCUAAAAUGCACCGGAGGCGCCCAAGACCUUUAUCAAUGGGACACAUAGUUAUAAAUAACCCAGUGAACGCCUAUGAGUUGAGUCCUAAGGGCAAGGGUAGAGCGAUGGAUUUAAUCAUGCAAGAUAUUGCAGACAAAAACAAUGUGUCCGAAUCAGUGCCAAAGUUCAUGGUGGACUUCACUAUGGCUUGCCCUGGCAGAGUUCCUGGUGUCAACAGGAAUUCUUCAGGCCCUUAUGAUGGGUUGGGAGUUGGCAGGCCAAAUCGCUAUUCCUUUGGACACUUCGAAAGCAAAGGAACAUUGUUGACUACAGUGGAAGGACAGCUAGUGAUGGACAGCAGAGGCCCCUAUAAAGUAGAGACCAGCACUAAUGUUGCUGCAAAACUGAAUGAGCCAUUUGUCAGCAGUCAGUCUACAGUCACACAGAAGCUCCUGACUGCAAACGAAACCAACCCAUCUAGUCUGCUAGAAAAUACUAAAUGUAAUUCUCCAGUAGAACUCAAUAAGUCCUAUGAUGUAGAAGACCCAUCUCCACUACUAACGCAGAGCAAGAAUAUGCAACAGCAGAUGGACACUCCAAGUGUUUCCUCAGCACAUGAGCAGUUUCUAGAAAAUAGUUUUGAAAAGGUAAAACGUAGACUUGAUCUGGACACUGACAACUGCCAAAAAGAAAACAGUCCCUGUGUUCUUACAGUUGGAAUGGAAGAACAAGAGAAGCAGUGGUUGCAGGAACAGAAGUAUCCCCUGGGAUCAGUUUACAUUACCAAGACUGCAGCCACUGACAAUAUGGCAAAAGAGGAGAUUUUAAAAACUAAAAUGUUGGCCUUUGAAGAAAUGAGGAAGAGACUUGAGGAACAGCAUGCACAACAGCUGUCGAUUCUGAUAGCUGAGCAAGAGAGAGAACAGGAGAAAUUGCAGAAGGAACUGGAAGAACAGGAGAGAAAGUUGCAAGGGAAGAAGGUUGCUACAACAGAAAUGGAAAUUUCCAAAGUGAACAUUAACAGUAGGAUGGAGUUGGAGUGGAGGAAAAAAAGUGAAAGCAGCUUGCUGGAAAGUGUGCAGUCUCAGCUGGAGACGGUCCAUAAUGCAAACUCUACCAGCAUUGGUUUUGCUCAUACUACAACACCUAGCACCUUCGCUACAACAAGUGAAACAUCAUUCUUUCUCUGGGGACCAUCAGGCACUGGAGUUAUAAAAACCUCCGUAUCUAGGCCAAGUAACAGGAUCAAAACUAGGUGGACUCAGGUUUUCAGUCCCGAGAUACAAAAGAAGUUCGAUAAGAUCACUGCUGUGGCAAAGGGGUUUCUCACUCGUAGACUCCUGCAGACAGAAAAGCUGAAACAUCUGAAGCAAACUGUGAAAGAUACAAUGGAGUUCAUAAAAAAUUUUCAGUCUGAAGCCCCAUUAAAAAGAGGAAGUGUUUCUGCACAAGAUGCAUCCCUUCAUGAAAGAGUCAUGGCUCAGCUGCGAGCUGCUCUGUAUGACAUCUAUGACAUCUUUUUUACAAUGGAGGCAUCUGAAAGAAUGAAUAUUCUGCGUCAUGAUCGUGAAGUUCGUAAAGAGAAGAUGCUCAGGCAAAUGGAUAAAAUAAAGAGCCCAAGAGAGCGAGUGACACUUUCAACAGCUACACAGAAAUCUCUGGACAGGAAGAAGUACAUGAAGGCUUCAGAAAUGGGAAUGCCGAGUAAAAAAAUAAUCAUAAAACAAAAAACUCCUGAAAGCCGCGUACUUCAACCCAACCAAGGACAGAAUGCCCCAGUUCACAGGCUUCUUUGCAGACAAGGAACCCCUAAGACCUCAGUGAAGGGGGUUGAGCAAAAUAGAAAGAAGGCCUCAGAGAGCAGAAUGUCUAACAAGGCUGUUUCAGGAGCAUAUGCAGGAAGAACCCAAAGAAAGAAGCCAAAUGUUGUGACAAUUUAAGAAGACAGCACUCACUGGGAUAAAAUGGCUGUUCUUUAAUGAUGGCAUUCUCAGCACUGAUUGACAUAAUGCAUCUCCUAUGCAUAUAUGUAUAUUUAGAAAUUAUAAACAUAUUUUGUCAUUUCCAGAUGAUGACACAUUAAUACAAUCAUAUUGAAGUAAUAAAGGGCUGUGAAGCUUGAAUACCUGUGGAAAAAGUGCAUGCUAAAACUUAUAUAUUCAUACUGCUACAUGCACAUAAGAUUAUUAAUCUUGUUUGUUUAAAGACCACCACAGGGCAACAUUAAUUUGUGACUUUUUCCCACUCUUAAUUCUUGUGUCUGACACACACUUUUUGCAUUACUUCAAAUCACAAUUUCUGUGUGUGACUGAGAUUACCUCAAUUUAAAUACUAAUGGCCUACAUGUUUUGCAUUUCUGCUGAGUUGGACAGACAUGGAUACAGAUUCACUGCUCACCAGACAGAAGUACUUUCAAAGACUAUACUGAAACAGUGCUUUUAUACAUGAGGUAGAUCAAACUGAUGUGCUGAAAGAGUCCUAGGAUUUUUUUUCCUUGCUGUCUACAGCAUUUUCUUAUGGAACAACUUUUGGCCAAGAUGAAGUGAGAAGUGUACGUGCUACAAAAAUUUCAGAAGGCAAGAUUUUAAUUGUUUUACCAUUUCAGACUUACAAGUGAUUGUUCAUAAUAAUAAUUCAGGUAUCUUUUGUUUCAUUGAUGACAGUCAUGAUUUUUCUGAGCAGUUGCUCUUCUACAGUGACCUGACAGGCCCUUGUACCGAAAUAAUGGUUCCAAGGAGGAAAAAUACCCCUAUUAAAUCCCAGCAAACA